AUGACAUCCGAGAUCCCUCCGGGGCCAUCCUCCAACAUCAACCACCCCAACUACCGGCCGCCGGAUGUGGAGCCCAUCCCUGGGAUCACGGACCGGCGCUGGGAAGGGCGCAUCAAGAUGUGGUUCGAGGAUAAGGGCUAUGGCUUCAUCUCGAAUGAGGAGCUGAAGAAAAGAUUUAACGAUCUGGACGUUUUCCUGCACCUGAACCAGAAGAGACACUUCAAGCGUGGCGACACUGUUGCCUGCAUUUGCAAUAGUUGGCCUCCUGCGUACUUUUUGUCGAAGUACUAUUUGAACAUCCAAGUGUUUUGUCAUGGUUCCCCGUUGUUCAUUACAUCCCUCAUUCCCUCGAAAACCCGCAGGCACCCUCCAAGUCAGGUGAACGGAAACCUUCCGAAUCCGACGUUUUCCGCCCUCUUCAAAUCCCUAAGGACAUGGUGA